AAAUCCGUUUCCUCUGUUCUCCUCCUCUUGUGGUGGCCUCAUUACGCGUUUCAAAUUCAAAAUUUUGUCGAAAAAAAACAGAAAUUUUUCAGAGUAGUUUCUCUUCCGAAGCUGUUCCGGCGACAUUUCUCCAUUUCCGACGAGAAAUUUUCAAACUUUCAAGCUUGGGUAACUCCGAUCACGUUCGUAUCAUUCCUUUUGAUAUCGAGGGCAGAAACCAUUUCUCUGUUUUUGAUUACUUGGUGAUCAAGUGUUCUUCAUCAUUCUCUCGAUUUCCAGAAUAAAAAUGGUCUAAGGCAUUAGCUGCUGAAUCAAAUCAAUGCAAGUUUGUAUCUGUUAGCCUGAAUGGAAAUAUCUUUUGGUUCCAAGAAAGCAGCAAUGGCGAAGCAGCAGCAAUCGGUAGCAGAUACUACAAGACCGCCUCUUGUUCCAGCAGAGAAAAACAAUGUCACGCGCCGGUCUAGAACAAUGGAGGUCAGUUCAAGAUACAGAUCACCGACUCCAACUAAGACUGGGAGAUGUCCUUCACCUAAUGUCACGAGGACAGUGUCUUCAAGCUCUCAAUCGUUCUCGAAACGAGCUGUUUCAGCAGAAAGGAUACGCUCUUCGACGCCAACUAAUCCGUCCACACCGGUUAGUGAUGUACCGGUUUCUUCUAGGAGACUAUCUACUGGUCGUUUACCUGAAAGCUUAUGGCCUUCUACUAUGAGAAGCCUCAACGUUUCCUUUCAGUCUGAUUCGGUAUCAGUUCCUGUUAUCAAGAAGGAGAAACCGUUUGUUACUUCUUCGACUGAUCGGACAUUAAGACCGUCUUCGAAUAUAGCGCAUAAGCAGCAUAGUGAGACAACCUCUGUGUCGAGGAAACAUACGCCAGAGAGGAAAAGAAGUCCAUUGAAAGGGAAGAAUGUGUCAGCAGGUCAAUCAGAGAAUUCCAAACCAAUAGAACAGCAUCGAUGGCCUAGUAGAAUUGGGGGAAAGAUCACUUCAAAUUCUAUGAACAGAAGCUUGGAUCUUGGUGAUAAAGCGGUUAGGAGAAUGUCCUUGCCUUUGUCUAAACCUUUGCAGAAAUCUUCUAGUGACGCUGCAAGGUUGUUGUCUUCUUAUGAAAAUGGUGGAUUAGUAAUGUCCCCAACGAGUUCAGAAGAUGGUAAUAGUUUAACAUGGACAUCUGAGUCUCACAAGCUUUUGUCUGCAAGUUCAUUAGAUAGGAGAACUUCAGCUAGAGUUCACCCUUUGUCUGCUCCUGGAUCACGCGCUGCUUCACCGAGCAGAUCCUCAUUUUCAUCAUCGUCCUCUAACUCUCGAGGCAUGAGUCCCUUGAGAGGGUUGAGUCCAUCAAGAGGGGCAAAUUUCUCUUGUGUGAGAUCGCCUACACCACCACCAAGAGGUGUAAGUCCUUCCCGGAUAAGACAAGCCAACACGUCUACACAAUCGAGUAGCACCACAACUUCGGUUCUCAGUUUCAUUGCUGAUGUUAAGAAAGGAAAAAAGGCAACUUAUAUAGAAGAUGUUCAUCAGCUGCGCUUGCUCUAUAACAGAUAUUCACAGUGGCGGUUAGCAAAUGCUCGAGCUGAGAGAGUAAGAUAUAUUCAAAGGUUAAUUGCAGAGGAAACUCUAUACAAUGUCUGGCAUGCAACAUCAGACCUAAGAGAUCUUGUGACCAACCAAAGAAUUUGUCUCCAACAGUUGAAGCUAGAAAUCAAGCUUGAAUCCAUCUUAAACGAUCAGAUGGCUUGCCUUGAAGAUUGGGCCAUACUUGAGAGAGAUCACGUUAGUUCUUUAACUGGAGCCAUUGCAGACUUGGAAGCAAAUACUCUCCGGCUUCCACUAACCGGAGGAACAAAGGCAGACCUCGGGUCCCUGAAGUUGGCUAUGUCCUCAGCUCUUGAUGUAAUGCAGACAAUGGGAUCAUCCAUCUGGUCUUUACACUCCCAGAUGGAAGAGAUGAAUAAACUUGUUUCGGAUCUCGCUGUUAUAGCUAAAAAAGAAAACUUUAUGCUUGACAAAUGUGAAGAUCUCUUGGCAUCAACCGCAGUCAUGGAGAUAGAAGAGAGAAGCCUAAUGACUCACUUAAUACAGAAGAAACAAGAGGAAGAAGAAGAAGUAAGAAAUGAUGCAGAGUCUCAGUUGUUGCCAUUAAGCAAGUUUCCAUGGCCAUAA